AUGAAAAAUAUAUUAGAUGAUAUUGAAAAAGAUUUAGAUGAACUUAAACAAUUACUUAUUGAUAUUUAUCCUGAUAAUACAACAAUGGAUAUUCAUAUUAUUAAAAGACGUUAUUCAGCAUUUAACGAUGAUGAUGAUGAUGAUAAUCUAUGGGAUACAGAUGAUGAAAAUGAAUUUGAUGAUAAAACAAAAUCAUCUGAUGAUAUUCAAAAUUUUGAAGAAUUAACUAAUUCUACUCAAAAUCUUCUACCUAUAUCUGAUAUUAUUUCAUUAUCAUCAUCGAUAUCUUCUCCACCUACUAUUUCUUCUUGUUCAUCAUCAUCAAUCACAAUUACUAAAAAAGCACCACUAAAAUUUGUUAUCAAACGAUUACAACAACCACCAACAUCGACUAAAAUUAAAUAUGAAUUACAUACAGUAACAACAUCAUCAGCAUUAAGAACAUGA